CUCCAUCAACCUCAGAGUGUCGAAGAAGAAGAGAAGAAAUGCCAUGGCCGAUCCAAACCCAGGUAUUCCCAAUCAUCCCAAAACGUCUCUUGACAAGCCAAAACACUUUCGUACAAGCACUCCCAAAGUACGGACAGGAUGCAUUACUUGCAAAAAGCGGCGCGUAAAAUGCGACGAAGCCCGGCCGCAUUGCCUGAAAUGCCUCAAGGGUCGAGGUCAUUGCGAGGGUUAUGCUGUCGAGCCGAGCAAGAAGGCCGACGCACCUCCUCAAAUCUGUUGGAAUUCCAAAUCAGUUGAUCUUGCAACGCCGCCGAGAGUACAGCUGCGACUUGACGUCGAAUCUUCAUCGUUUCGGGGCUCUCAAGGCGCACUUUAUUUCCAAGAAUUCGUCGAGUUGGUUCAGGGACCGUGGAUUACUGCGGCUUCCAACAAAGGUUUCUGGGCCGUGACUCUGCCUCAACUCGCUCACAAUAACAGCACACUUCGUCAUGCCGCAAUGGCCAUCGGUGCAUUAAACGUAUGGCAUCGCCAAUUCAACCAGAAGACGCUUCGCUCAGUACCGGUACCAGAGCUGUUGACCGACGACCGACGGGUGUCCUACUUCCACGCCAUGGCUUGUUAUGGUCACUCUCUGAAGCUGCAACAUCAACAGGCCUCUCCGCAAAACGCCGUGUUUCUAUCGCUGCUGCUGCUGUUCUUUGAAAUACUACGAGGAAACAGAAAAGCCGCGCUGAAUCAUGUGAAUCAUGGCUUGGCUCUGCUGCUUGCUCUCUUGACCGAUGAUGACGCGACUAGUUGCCAUGUGGCUGCCUUUGCGCCAGACCCGAAACCUCUGCUUGGAGCAGUGGGGGACAUCUUCAUCCAACUUUUGACACAAAGCCGAACGGUUGUCCAGAAUGAGAUUGGAUCCGGUCCAUCCCUACCAAACCUUGCCAAGGGAUUAAAAGAGAAAAAACACACGGUUGAAUCCUUCAUGAUGCUCCUCAGCGAACUCACGCCCUCCACUGCGACGAUAGAGAACGUUCCGGCCAGCUUCAACGACCUAGACGAGUUUGAGGGGUACUGGAUGGCCUGCCAGCGUCGACAGAUCAAGAUGAUGCAGAUCAUGGCUGGAACCAUGCGUGCUCUGGUUGCCUCGGGCUGCAAGAAUGAAGAGGUGAUGAGCGGUUUUCAGCUGGACUGGUUCGGGAACACGGAAGUGCAGGAAUUCUGCGAGGGAUUGAGAAACGCAAUGCGAGCUCUGGACUCGGCAUAUUUGCCUCUUUUCAACAGGGUCAUCAUGUUCGAGCCCGAAUCACCGACAGCUCUGCGAGCAAUCCAUUUACGCCUUCAGUACCUGGGUAUCUACACCUUCGGCGACCCCCUGCAGUACCUUGACGUUGAGUUGUUGUAUGCUCGGUCGCAUCUCUUCCACGAAUACUUGUCGGUAGUCAGACUAGCUUUGCGCACAGCCAAGCGGCACAUCACAGAGCCAACCCAGCAGCUGUCAUUACAGUGCGGUGUCGCGUCAUAUUUACUCGUGCUGGCUUUCUUCUGCCGCGACCCGUUGGCCCGCGACGAGGCUGUCUGGCUGCUGAAGGAUUACCCUGGCCAGGACGGGCUGCUCGACUCGCACGCUCUCUACGUUUUGGCCGUGAGGAGCCUUGCCGUUGAGCGGAUCAAUGUGGCGGAAGGCUCAGCGGCGGAACAGUGGCAGCGGCUGUUGCGCCGGGAAUUCGUCUUUGAAGCCGGAGGUGAUCGCGUUGUCUUUCGAUACCUCGAUAAAGACGCGACAACGGGACAAUGGGAACUGGUGGAAGAGGCGGUUGAUGUUAGCGAGAGAUCUGAUGAUGUGACGUGGAUACGGCGGCCAUUGUCAACAUCGUGUGCGCUGCUGAUGGCAGAUUUGGUUGGUUAUGAGAGCUGAGUAUGGAGUUUAGAGGCAAACAGGAAGGACAUCUAGGUUCAAUUUGAACAAUAAUCAAUCCAC